CGCGCGCCGGAACCGUGGCCCCACUUCCGGGAAGGAGGGCGGGACCUGCACAGCGGGGCGCCGGGCGGGAAGCGCGUGCUGGGCGCGCCUCUGUGACGUCACCGGGGCCCCUCGCGUCUCCAGCGCGAAUGGCCUUGCCCCGUGGAGGCCGUGACAUUUGACAAGUGAGCCUUAUGCUUUCAACCUGGACGCGACUGCGGGAAGAGGUGUUGUCGGGCGAGCUCGGAGUACUUGCUUCGCGUUGGGCCUGCCCAGUCCAGCCCGGGUCUCACGCCCUCGCGGUACCGGCCGCGGACCUUCUCACCUCCUCCCUCCUUGCACCGCCAAUCGGCCCCCAAGAUGCCGGGCGUUUCGGCCCGUGGCCUCUCGCAUGAGGAGAGAAGGCAACUGGCUGUGAACCUCACCCGCGUCCUAGCGCUCUACCGUUCCAUCCUGGACGCCUACAUCAUUGAAUUUUUCACCGACAGCCUGUGGAACACACUCCCCAGCUCAUGGCAAGAGGCGCUGGAUGGACUAAACCCACCACAGCUGGCCACCCUGCUGCUGGGGAUGCCCAGGGAAGGGGAAGAGAUCAGGUACAGGUCCGUGUGGCCACUCACCCUGCUGGCCCUGAAGUCCACAGCCUGUGCCCUUGCCUUUACCCGGACACCUGGCUUUCAGACCCCAUCAGAGUUCCUGGAGAACCCCAGCCAAAGCUCCCGACUAACAGCACCUUUUCGGAAACAUGUCAAGCCCAAGAAGCAGCAUGAGAUCCGGAGGCUAGGAGAGUGUUUCCUUCGGUCACCUUGGCUCAUCUUCCAUCCUUAUGGCUUCAGGAGUCAGGAGCCAGUGCCAAGAAGAGACUUUUGUUUCCUCCUCUUUCAGUUGGUGAAGAAGCUGAGUGAUCUCACUGGCUGCACCCAGGUUGUGGAUGUGGGCUCGGGCCAGGGCCAUCUCUCCCGUUUCAUGUCUCUCGGGCUGGGGCUGAUGGUUAAGAGCCUUGAAGGAAAUCAGAGGCUGGUAGAGAGAGCCCAGCACCUAGACCAGGAGCUUCUGCAGGCUCUAGACAAAAUGGAGAAGAAGCACCCACAGGUGGUGCAAAGAGGCCCCCGCCACUCCCCCCGCCACGUGGUUCAGUGGGUCAGCUCCACAGCCCUGUGUGAGGAGCUUCUGCUUCCUCUGGAGACACCAGGCCAGGGUAGUACCCGCCUGCUACUCACGGGCCUCCAUGCUUGUGGGGAUCUGAGUGUUGCCUUGCUGAGACACUUCUGCUGCUGUUCUGAAGUGGUGGCCCUGGCCUCAGUGGGCUGCUGCUACAUGAAACUCAGUGACCCUGGCAGCUACCCGCUGAGUCAGUGGGUGGCUGGGCUGCCUGGCCAUGAACUCCCCUACAGGCUCCGGGAGGGGGCCUGCCAUGCCCUGGAGGACUAUGCGGAGAGGCUACAGAAAGCAGGCCCUGGGCUGCAAACACACUGCUUCCGUGCGGCACUAGAGACAGUCAUCCGACAUGUCUGCCCUGAGCUUCGGAGGCCUGGCGUGCAAGGAAUCCCCAGGGCCCACGAACUCAAGAUUGAAGAAUACGUGCAACAAGGGUUACAGCGAGUAGGUCUGGACCCUCAGCUGCCACUGGAUCUGGCUGCCCUUCGGGCCCAGCAGGCCCAAGAGAAUCGUGUGGUAGCCUUCUUCAGCUUGGCCCUCCUGCUGGCCCCACUGGUGGAGACACUGAUUCUACUAGACCGGCUGCUCUAUCUCCAAGAGCAAGGCUUCUAUGCUGAGCUCUUGCCCAUCUUCAGCCCUGAACUCUCACCCAGAAAUCUGGUUCUGGUGGCUACCAAGACACCCCUAGGUCAGGCCUUCUCUGUUCUUGAGACGGAAGACAGCUAGCUGACAGUCCAAAACCACAGAGUGCCAAUGCGGUCAAUACAUCUUACUGUUUAGAGUGCCUUCAUCUUGCGGGAUUCUGGCUCUCUGCAAACUUCAGGUGUAUACCCUUUCUCCCUUCAUAUGUAAUGUACUGUGUAAUUUUUAUUUAUUAAAACUUUUAAAGCCA